AUGAGAAUCAGGCGGUCAUCAUGCGCCCUCUGGGCUUCGAGCCUGUCGCUAGUUUUUGGUGUAUCCGCUGUCGCAGCUCAGAAAUUGGAGGAGGUUCUUGAAAAGCAAGCCAACUUGACAACUUUUCGCCGUCUAGUGAAGGACCAUGGCGACAUCUUCUCGAAGCUGCCCACAUCUGGUGUCACGCAGAUCCUCGCGCCGAGUGAUCAGGCCUACUUGAAAGGCCAAGGCUGGGAUGCCAACAAGGACGAGAUCUCGGUUGCGCUACUUUACGGCAUCAUCAACGGAAAAAUCAGCUUCGACGCCUUGUUUCCCGGGAACUCAUCCAUCGAAGACACGUUGCUCACGGACUCACGGUAUUCCAACGUCACAGGCGGGCAGAGCGUCCUGGUGACUAAAUCGCCCAACAAUGAGGUUGUGGUUACUUCGGGCGUCGCACAACGCACUACCGCCAUUCGAACCGAUAUCACCUUCGACGGCGGGCUGAUUCAGAUCAUUGACAGCUUGAUGGUGACGCCUGCACGCCUCGAGAAGACGGUACGCGAUGCUUACCAGGAUUUGACCUCCUUUCUAGGAGCGUUGUACACGACUGACCUCGUAUCUGAAUUCGCCGAGACGCGGAACGUAACCAUAUUCGCGCCUCGGAAUGCCGCCUUUCAGCAGGUUGCAGGUGCGCUUUCAGGCCUGAGCAAAGAUGAUCUUCGUCGUGUACUGCGAUACCAUAUCGUCCCCUCAACGGUAGUCGGCAAGGCGGCCCUGGCCAAUGGAACCAAGCUGGCGACAGGAAUAGACAAGAAGAGUCUGGAAGUGACUCUGUUCAACAACGACAUCUUCAUAGACUCGGCCCGUAUCAUCCAGACGGACAUCCUUAUCGCCAACGGCGUGGUGCAAGUUCUCGAUGCAGUUCUCAACGUCAACUCAAACAACACUUCACCGAAUGUGACGGCGGUAACACAAGCUCCCGUGUUUACCCUUACAGGCAACACGGAGACGGGUACCGCAGCCCCAACUCCAUUCGCCUCCGCAUUGCCUUGUACAACGGACUGUCCCGUAACUGGCGGCGGCGGCGGUGGCGGCAACGGCAGCGGCAAAAGUGGGACCGGUACGGCAACGGGCGGGGUGCGGCCCAGCUCUAGUACGGGAGGCGUGGCCCCUGCACGAUGUACUGGUGGGAUUACUGGCGCAGCCAUGGGAUUGGGUUUGGCAGUGGGUGUACUAGGGAUGGAGGCGAUAGGUGUUGUUGUCUGA